AUGGAGUGGAGCUUCCUCUGCUCGAGAUGCCAUGGAUCUUGUUCUCGUCAAGGUCCUUCUUCCUCCAGCACAAGGAAAAGCAGAAGCAUCCGCCGCAUCAAGGAAACUUCGAUAGGGAGAUCCAUACUACGGAGAAGGUACUACGGAACCCGAAGAAGGUACUACGGAUCCUCUUCAUCUAUGGAGCCCGAAGAAGGUACUACGGAGAAGGUACUACGGAUCUUCCUCUGCAGGGCCGGCAACUUCUACUACCCGCCCGAAUGGAGCCUGAAGAAGGGUGGGCUGAACAAGUUCCAUGGCCAACAUGCCCUCCGGGAGCGGGCGAGGAAGCUGGACCAGGGCAUGCUGAUCAUAAGGUCUGGUUCCUGUGAUAUUACAUGCUUUCGUAUAUGA